CCUCGAUUUAAACGGCCGCAUUUUGCCCCACAUUUCCCACAACCUUUUUGAUAUCAGAUCUCGACUCUACCCGCCCGAACGGUGAACAAGUCCUGCAAACCUUCCCUAUAACAAUCACAAUCAUGUCUGACCUCAACUCCUGGGAAGACGACCCUGCCGCGCAGGACGAGAAUCUCUCGCGGCAGACGCAACAAAUGAACCUAAACAAUCAACAACAGCAGCAACAAGGUGGCAGCUUCCGCCCAGGCGCACAAUCCUUCCAGCCCGGAGCGCAAUCUUUCCAACCAGGUCAGAACUUCCAACAAUAUGGCGGUGGAUAUGAUCAAUACGGUCAGAACUACUACAACAACCAAGGUGGGCAAGGCUACGGUGGCUAUCCUCAGUAUGGUCAACAAAGUGGUGGUUACAAUCAGUACCAGCAAGGGGGCUACAACGCAGGGUACAAUCAAGGAGGAUACAAUCAACAAUAUGGUCAGCAAUACCCGGGCUACGCUCAGCAACCCCAAGCAGCGACAACCGCACAACAACCCCUUCGCCAGACUCCUACGAUUGCGAAACGACCAGCAGAAGGCUCUUCGAGCUCUGCAGAUCUAAACAAGCCUAUCACAGUCAAGGAUGGAGCCCCUAAAGUUUUGAGCAUAGGUGGAGAUGCGCCGAAGGCCAAGGCCAAGGUUCUCUCUAUCGGCGCUCCAACUGCAGCAUCCACAAAGAAAGACUCCGCCGCUACCGCUGCUUCCAAAGCCCCCGCUGAAGCUGGAGCCAAGGUCACAGCUGCCAAAGCAAUCGAGAAGACAGAGAAGAGUACCGCUUCUGACAGCGGGAAGACAUCGCCAACACCGUCGUCAGGUAGAUCAAGUCCCUCAAGAGCUGCUGCUAAGAUCCCGGCUCGUGAGGUUGACGCCGUUGAGAAAGAACAAGCUGCCGAUGUGGACGAUGAGACAUUGAAGGAGAUCUAUGGCAAGGAGCAUGUCAACAUCAUCUUCAUUGGACACGUCGAUGCUGGCAAAUCUACCCUCGGUGGUGCUAUUUUGGUGUUGAGUGGUAUGGUGGACGAGCGAACCUUAGAAAAGUACAAGAAGGAGGCGAAGGACAUGGGCCGAGAGAGUUGGUGGCUUUCUUGGGCAUUGGAUCUUACGAAGGAAGAGAGAUCUAAGGGAAAGACCGUCGAAGUCGGACGAGCAUUCUUCGAGACUGAGAAGCGACGAUACAGCAUUCUCGAUGCACCAGGCCAUAAAACGUAUGUUCCAAGUAUGAUUGGAGGCGCUUCACAGGCAGAUGUGGGAAUUCUGGUCAUUUCUGCUCGAAAAGGAGAAUAUGAGACCGGUUUCGAAAAGGGUGGCCAAACUCGAGAGCAUGCUAUGCUGGCAAAGACUCAAGGUGUGAACAAGCUUGUCGUCGUCAUCAACAAGAUGGAUGAUCCUACUGUGGAGUGGUCAGAGAAGAGAUACACCGAGUGCACAACCAAACUCGCACAAUUCUUGAAAGGAACCGGAUACAAUCUCAAGACAGAUGUUUUCUUCAUGCCCAUCGCCGCACAGCAAUUGAUGGGUCUCAAAGACCGAAUUCCACCGGGAGUGUGCUCAUUCUACGAUGGACCGUCUUUGCUCGAGUAUCUCGACGGCAUGGCUGCGCUGGAAAGAAAAGUCAAUGCUCCAUUCAUGAUGCCGGUGAACGGAAAGUAUCGUGACAUGGGUACCCUCGUCGAAGGUAAGAUUGAGGCUGGUGUCAUCAAGAAGAACAUGUCGUUAGUCAUGAUGCCCAACCGAGAUAAGGUUGAGGUAGCGGCGCUCUAUGGAGAGACUGAAGAUGAAACCAAUAUGGCACAAUGCGGAGACCAAGUUCGCGUUCGAUUGCGUGGUAUCGAAGAAGAAGAUAUCCUGCCUGGUUUCGUUCUGUGCUCACCAAAGCGAUUGGUACAUUGUGUUAGUGCAUUUGAGGCACAAAUUCGAAUUCUGGAUCUGAAGAGUAUCUUGUCAGCUGGAUUCAACUGCGUCUUGCACGUUCAUUCCGCAAUCGAAGAAGUCACAUUCGCUGCCUUACUUCACACAUUGCAGAAGGGUACAGGUCGGAGAAGUAAGAAGGCACCCACUCAUGCCAAGAGAGGAGACAGCAUCAUUGCGAGAAUGGAGGUUAUUGGUGGGGCAGGAUCUGUUUGUGUAGAAAGAUUUGAGGACUAUCCUCAAUUGGGAAGAUUUACGCUAAGAGAUCAGGGUCAAACGAUCGCUAUCGGCAAGAUUACGAAGCUGAUCAAGGCGGAGGACGAUGCCCAAGCUGCUUAGAUGGCUAAUGGGGCUCUUAUUGAAAUGACUAACGAAUCUGGGGUGGCGGUGGUCUGUGGCGCAGAGGAAGAACCAUUCUGCAUUCAAAUAGAGAACUUCAUGUAGACUAGGCUUUAGGCAUCAGGUCAUGGCCAGGGUUCAUGUAGCGCUGAGGGAAACACACUCCACCAAAUAAAAGCCUUCAAUUCAGAAAAUUGUCUUGUCACCUAGGCAUCCAACAGAGCUUUUUUGUAUACCUAGG